UCGUCGACAGUGUAGGUGUAAUGUUUUUCAUGGGUGAUACGACAUAGUUGGUAGUGUUGGCAUCGACCAACUUGAAAGGUGGAGUGGAACCUCUGUUUUAAGAGUGGUGAAGUGGUAACAAAAAUUUAAAUGCAGAAUGUGGCAUGAAGCAAGGAAACAUGAGCGGAAGCUUCGUGGAAUGAUGGUAGAUUAUAAAAAAAGGGCAGAACGACGACGAGAAUAUUAUGAAAAAAUUAAAAAGGAUCCAGCCCAGUUCCUUCAGGUUCAUGGAAGGUCAUGUAAAAUCCAUCUUGAUGCUGCUGUAGCACUUGCUGCUGAGAGCCCAGUUAACAUGAUGCCUUGGCAAGGAGAUACCAAUAAUAUGAUUGAUCGUUUUGAUGUCAGAGCUCACUUGGAUUACAUUCCAGAAUUCACUCCACCACUUUUGACAACCAUUUCUCCAGAAACUGAGUCAGAUGAGAGAAGAUGCAACUAUGAACGGUAUAGGGGCCUGGUACAGAACGAUUUUGCUAGCAUUUCUGAAGAGCAAUGCCUUUACCAGAUCUACAUUGAUGAGUUGUAUGGUGGACUGCAGAAACCCACUGAGGAGGAGAAAAAGAAGCUUGCUGAUAAGAAGGCAUCCAUUGGUUAUACUUAUGAAGACAGCACUGUUGGAGAAGCUGACAAAUCCAUUGAGAGAGGGGAAGAGGAAGUCUCUGAUGAAGACAGCAAUUCCGAUGGCUUUGAAGUCAUUCCAGAUAUUGAUGUGGAAGUUGAUGUGGAUGAACUAAAUGAGGAACAGACUGGAGACCUCAACAAGCUGGCAACUUCAUAUGGGAUGGCAGAUGGUGAUUUUGUCAGGAUGUUACGAAAAGAUAAGGAUGAGGCAGAAGCUAUCAAACAUGCCAAAGCUCUAGAAGAAGAGAAGGCCAUGUAUUCGGGAAGACGAUCUAGACGACAGAGAAGGGAGUUUCGAGAGAAACGUUUAAAAGGAAGAAAGAUAAGUCCUCCUAGUUAUGCAAGAAGAGACAGCCCUACCUAUGAUCCUUACAAACGCUCCCAGUCAGAAUCCAGUUCAGAGUCCCGGUCACGGUCACGUUCUGUUUCUCCAUGUCAAGAAGAAAAAAUCACCUUCAUCACAAGCUAUGGAGGCAGUGAAGAUGAAGGGGCUGGACCACGUUCUGGAGGAAAUACAGGGAAAAUGAGUGCUUCUGGAAAACGUCGCUCUGCACAUACGCAUCAGAGCGGGGUUGCAGCAGGUCAUAGCACCUCUUCCCGGAGACAGGCGUCAUCUUCAUCAUCAUCUUCAUCUUCAAGUUCUCGGUCUGGUUCUCGAUCACACAAGUCAGGUGGUUAUCGCAGAUCUACAAGGCAUUCUCGGUCCCGGUCACGAACAAGGAGAUAUUCUCGGUCACACAGUAGAAGCAGGCGAUAUUCAGGAGGUGGCUCACGAGACGGGCGACGGCGCACCAGAUCAAGUUCACACUCUGCUGAUAGGAGUAGACAUUACAGUUCUCGUUGGAGGUCCAGAAGCCGAUCGCGAUCAGAUGAGUGGCAUCGACGAAGUGGAAAGGCAAGCCGUUAUCAAAGUGGUAGCAGAAGUGGCUCUCGUAGUCGAAGCAAAUCUGCAUCUCCAGCUAGAGAUAAGUCAGUCAGAGCUGCAGGAGUUCCAGCUGUUGGGGAGAAACUGAAAAAGAGUGAAAUUGCCAGUGGUAAAGAACCCGGAGCUGCCAAACCAAAGUUGACUCCACAGGAGAAAUUGAAACUUCGAAUGCAGAAAGCACUCAACAAACAGUACAAGGCUGAUAAGAGGGCAGCCCAGGAGAAAAUGUUGCAGCAGGAACAAGAGAGACAGGAACGAGAAGAUGAACUCCGGGUAAUGGCCAGGAAAAUCAGAAUGAAGGAGAGAGAACGUAGAGAGAGGGAAAGGGAAGAAUGGGAACAGAAAUACAGUCGACCAAGCCGAUCUCCCUCACCUAGACACAGUCGUGAAUACAGUUCUUCAAGAAGGCGUUCACGCUCCAGAUCCAGAAGUCCUUACUAUCGCUACUAGGAAUUUACUACUUCAGAAUCCUUAUUUAAUUUCUGUCUCUGGUCCUUACGUGUGAUAAUGUACAUUUCUGUAUGUGAGUGCUGCUUUCGAGAGUCAAGACCGUGAAGAGCCUCCCUCUCAGAUCCAUGUAUUGGAGUACAUUCAGUACCGUGCUUUGCACUGAUACAUACAUACAUCUUUUGCUUAUGUGGUCUCCAUAUUAAAUGGUGACACAUCCAAACUAGUGGUGAUGAAACGUUUCAUGUCUUUUGACAGUAUGUAAGACUUGAAAGACUUUUCAGCAUAUGUACCGUACCACCAGCCUUCCACAGUUGAUUUUACAUUAGUGACUUAAACUUUUCUGGAGGGCAUGCAGUCCGUACUCCUACAGUUUAAUCUCCGGUUCAUUAUUGUACAAUACAUUAACGUCUCUGUGCCUGUUCAGUGAUUUAUAGAAAUAUUGUUUUUUAACUCUGUACUUUUGCAUCAGUUGUGAGCCAUAAGUGAAAGUAAUACAGAUGGUUUUCAGAUAAUGUUGCAAAACCAGUGCUAGAUCUCUGUAUCCUUUCAAAGGCAGACACUUUGAAUGUGGUGGUGGUUGUUAUGUGGAGUGAAGGUCAGUCUUCUGGAAAUAUGAAAAGGAAGCAAUAUAAUCCUGUUUGAAUUUUCUGCAUUCCUUGAUUUUGGAGUGUGCUUUCUUGUCUGGAGUGUGGAAGAUGCAAUACAUUUCAAGACCAUCUUUCAGUUUGGGUUUAUGAGAAUGCCUGUCUGUUGGAGCCACAGAACCAUCAACUCUAUUAAGGUUAUAUUUUCACUCAGUUUCUGACAAUGGCCAGUCUUAAUUUCUGAAACUUUAUAGAGCAGAGAUCAUCACAUCUACUUUUCUUUACCAGUAGUGACAGACCAUAGUAUUCUGUGUACUGAAACUGUAGCUGUAGGCAGUGAACUUACCCCGAAAGUAGUAGUUUCUGCCAACAGUCUCCAAGAAGUUGCUAGAACCUUACCCCUGAGGAUUCCUAAAGCCUGUUUUCUGCUUUAAUAAAUCCAGACCUUUCCGAUGGUAACAACAAAGCUAUUAUUUUUGUAAUUUUCAGUCAUAUGUCUUUUGGGUACAGUGUAGGAAGAUCUGUCUUGCAGUUUUGGGGAGAAUAUACAUUGUUUUUGAUUUUGAGCCUUCGGUCAUCAGUCUUUACAGGCAUCUGUGUCUGCAUUGGCUGAAUGUUUAAGUUGGCUUCUCACAUCUCUUGCACUUAAGGGUUUAGGCGUUAUUAAAAGUUCUCUUUUCUUUAUGAAAAAAAAUGAUUUGUUUCAUAGUUACAAUGCCAGAUUGUUGUACAAUAUGGAUAUUUUUGCAGCUUGGAUGUACUUGAAGUGUGUUGCAUCAACAUUUGACCUAAAAGCAGUACAAAAUCAGUUGAGUACACACUGGAAACAGAAGAUGGUAAAACUGGUGUUUCGACAUUUAUCCUUUAGAAAUAACAUUAAAAAUAAAACUUGGAUAACAGUUUUGCAAGUUGGUCAGCAGACCAUUCCAACUAAUUCUGCCCCAAAGGCGUACAACUUCCAAAAAUUGUUAUAUUAGGUAAGACGCCCUGCAUGGGGAUGCUUUCACCAGUGUACCUAAGGCUGAUGUUUUAUUUAUUUAUUUAUUUAGUUGUAAUUUGACAGAAUAGUUCUUUAUUGUGACAGGACUUACCAUGGCCACCUUUUUAUGUUGUUUUAGCUUUUGGAUUAAUACUGAACAUACCUGUUUAUCUUUCAGGUAGAAAUGAGCAAGAAUAAAACAUCAGUUUAACUUCUGCUUACAGCAUGUAGUCCUAAUUCAUUUUGUAUUCUUUUUAUGGAGCUUGCUUAACCAGCCCUGUCCAUACAGUAAAAUUUAGGUAUAAUAGCUGUGAGGAGACAGUUGAGUGUUGGUUUUCCAAAACCAAGAUGCUGAACUCUCCAGCAUUCAAAAAAAAAUGUAAGCCCUGUUACUAAUUUGUUAAACGUUUGACAGUAAUUGGGCAUGCCUAACUACAGAUUUGCCAGUUUAUUCAUUUGAAUGUGAUCAGUGAAAAGGAUUUGAAAUGGUUGACAGCUAGAAAGGUAAGCCAUUUGCAUAUGUAAGUUUCUUUUCCCUCACAUCUUGGUGACAUUCAGAGACUGUUUUGCGAAUUUGUGAACAACUUUAAGCAAGUUUGCCAUUUUAUUUGGAAAAUAACUGUGCUAAUAGCAAAUGCUGUUUUCUCCAUGUUUGCAAGUGAACAUUGCACUGUGUGCAUCUAUAUGAACCCAAGUCUGCAUGGUAUAUUAGAUUUGCUACCAUAAUUUAAGUGUGUGUGCAUGAUGGUGUGUGUGUUGAGCACAUGUAUGCCUUAUGUUCAUGCAUUUAAGGCCAACUGAUAGUUAAGUAUUCUGCUACUUAGUGCACAGUGAUCUUUUACUUUUCACGUUUGGUUGUCAGAAUGUGGCCAGCAGCACAGUUGUGGUUCUGCUAUACGUGAAGUUGUUGUAUGUUCUAUAUGGAGCUUAGAGGGAUUCUGUUGGGGGGGAGGGGGGUUGCUGUAUGUACUCAGUUGUUUAAAAGAGUACAGUUCUUAUCUGCAUACUAUGUAUGCUUAAAUACAUGUCCUCCACAUUUUUUCUGUAGAUAAUACCAACUGUCCUGCAAAACAUAUCUUCUACUUAAGUCUUCCCAGAGAGAAAUUUGGGGGAAAAGGCAAGAAAUGGACAAAACUUUUCUUUCUUUGGUACUUGCGUAUUAUCACAACCACGUUGCAAAUCUGUCUUCACAGGCCAGUUUUACACAGUGAAAUCCCAGUGAAAUCCCUACAACGGCUUGGUGUUCUCAAGUGUUGUAGGGAGAAAGAAUGAUUUCUCCUUGUAACCAAACUCUCCCACAU